GAAAAUCUGAAGUUCAAGAUUCCAGAUCCAGGACAACUAGGGUGCCUUUCUAAACACUUUGUGUUCAAGUGUCAACUCUUUCAAACCUGCAAAGAUGAGAAUUUCCGUUAGUAUCAUUGCUCUUCUGAUGGUUGGGGUGCUGGUUGUGCCUUCUGAUUGUUGUGUAUCUUCUGGUGUAUCUUCUGAAGGAUCUUCUGAAGUAUCUGGGUCUUACUCCGUCAGUGGCGCCAUUCAGUUCGUCACUGGAGCUGUCAAGGGUGCAUGGGACUUCGUCGGUGGAGCACGCGACAUGUGGCGAAGCUACAGUGAUAUGCGUGAGGCAAACUACAUUGGUGCCGAUAAGUACUUCCAUGCCCGGGGCAACUACGAAGCUUCUCAGCGAGGACCAGGAGGUAGAUUGGCUGCCAAGCUUAUCAGCGAUGGCCGCGAAGUUUGGCUGGAAACAGAGAGCGAUGAAGAAAUGAAAGCAGACCACAAGGCCAACAUGUGGGGGCGCAAUGGCGGUGACCCCAACGUUUACAGACCCGAAGGCCUCCCAGAUAGAUAUUAGAUAUAAUCAAUAAUCACAACCAAAAUAUGGAUACAUUUUCAUAGUCGUAGUUUAAUGUUAACCGAAACAUUGAUUAAGCUCGCUGCGUUAAUUAAUUAACCACUAUAAUGGGAGACUAACUAAUUAAAAACACUGUUUGCUCCUCAGUUAUUCUUAAGCUACAACAAUUUAAACAUAGUCAUGGCCCUCUCCCGUUUGACACAAAUAGCUGUUUGGUUACGGCAAGCUUGAGGCAGUGAACAUAUCAGAUAAACUUUUAUAAAGCACUACAAAGAUUUUAAGAUGAGUUGACUUUACUGUGACAUGAUUACAAUUUGCUUACCGUAUCAAAUUGACACGAAUCAGCCAUUGUUGGUCAAGUAUCGAUAAAGACCUUUCUAUUUCAACGUAACAGCCAGCAUAUUUGUCAACUGAGGUUGGAAAACUAUGGAAAGCCAUAACUGCAAAUCAAAACAGGUAGCCAUAGUUUGUAGCAAUGUUACACAAAUUUUCAAAAAUAGUGUUGAAUUUAUUGGAAACAAAUAAACCAAUCAUGGAAUCAUGUCAAUCAUGACAUCUUUUACCGAAAAUGUUGAAUUUCGGCCGUCCAUACCAACCGGCGCACUUUUUUUUUUAUCAACAAUGGCAAGGUCUUAUUAUAACUCGGAUAACCUGCGCUAUUCUUAGCUCGGGAUUAAACGGUGGAUUAAAAAGCAUGAUAUUUCACAAAACAUUCCAUGAAAGCCUCACAUACAACAUUUAGGCCUAUAACUAUCUAAAUCAGCCUCUAACUCAAUAUAAGGAAUAACAUCUCCCAAAGUUGCACUCACUCUGCUUUUUGUAUAAUAAAUUCAAAAAAAUCUACAAGUGAUUGGAUCAUUCUUGUCUUUCCCUCAAGUCUUGUGUAUUACAAAAACAACCAUUAUUUUGUGUAAGACAUAAAUGAUGUCAUAAACCUACAGUUUAAACUGGCAUGUGAUAAAUGCAGAUUCAUUCGGCCCAGUCAGUGGCACAACUAGGUGAAGGGAAAAAAAACAUAAAUUGCAGUGAAAUCUCACCAGAAAUCUAACAGGGGGUGGGGUAUCAAUGACAUAU